UCUAAGGAGGGCUGGAACCUUAGGACGUUCUUUCUGUCCUAGAGUAAAGCAGAAGGUCGGGGAGAUUUUGGAGAAGGGGAGGCCAGACAGACGGGGCGGGGGGCGUGUGCUCCUCUGGAGUUUCCUUUUUCUUCUAGUCCUUGCGCGCGCAGUCAUCCCUGUGGUCUGGCGAUUGUGGAUUGUGGUGGCGAGGCUCCAUCCCCGCCGGUGGCCAGAGGCUGGGGGCUGGGGAGACCUCCGCCACAGAAGCGGUGCCCAGGAAGUUUUCCGACGGAGAGGCAGCAGUGCAGCCCGAGUGCUGCCGCGCGGGAGCUCAGGACCCAGGCCACCCAAUCUCUCCGGCUCUGCUUCCUCUCGCCCAGCCGCCCAGGUGCCGAGCGGACCGGGCAGCUGUCUGCGCCCGCCUAGCUCCACGGUGGAAAAAAAAAAGUGAGGGUGUAAAAGCAACAGAAUAAGAGACAUUUCCUCAAAUUUGCAUCAAGAUGGAAACCUUUUGCUUCAGGGUGUCCUUUUGGGUGGCACUGGUUGGAUGUGUAAUUAGUGAUAAUCCUGAGAGCUACAGCACAAAUCUAAGCACGCAUAUGGACGAUUUUACCACUUUUCGCGGGACAGAGCUCAGCUUCCUGGUUACCACUCAUCGACCCACUAAUUUGGCCCUACCCAGCAAUGGCUCAAUGCACAACUAUUGUCCACAGCGGACCAAGAUUACUUCAGCUUUCAAAUACAUUAACACUGUGAUAUCUUGUACUAUUUUCAUCGUGGGAAUGGUGGGGAACGCAACUCUGCUCAGAAUCAUUUACCAGAACAAGUGUAUGAGGAACGGACCCAACGCGCUGAUAGCCAGCCUUGCCCUUGGAGACCUUAUCUAUGUGAUCAUUGAUAUCCCCAUCAAUGUAUUUAAGCUCUUGGCUGGGCGCUGGCCUUUUGAUCACAAUGACUUUGGCGUAUUUCUAUGCAAGCUGUUCCCCUUUUUGCAGAAGUCUUCAGUGGGGAUCACCGUCCUCAAUCUCUGUGCUCUCAGUGUUGACAGAUACAGAGCUGUUGCUUCCUGGAGUCGUGUUCAGGGAAUUGGGAUUCCCUUGGUCACUGCCAUUGAGAUUGUCUCCAUCUGGAUCCUUUCUUUUAUCCUGGCCAUCCCUGAAGCAAUUGGCUUCGUCAUGGUGCCCUUUGAAUACAAGGGUGAACAGCAUAAUACCUGUAUGCUCAAUGCCACAUCAGCGUUCAUGAAGUUCUACCAAGAUGUGAAGGACUGGUGGCUGUUUGGCUUCUACUUCUGCAUGCCCUUGGUGUGCACCGCAAUUUUCUACACCCUCAUGACUUGUGAGAUGUUAAACAGAAGGAAUGGAAGUUUGAGAAUUGCCCUCAGUGAACAUCUUAAACAGCGUCGAGAAGUGGCAAAAACAGUUUUCUGCUUGGUUGUAAUUUUUGCUCUUUGCUGGUUCCCUCUUCAUUUAAGCCGUAUUUUGAAGAAAACCGUGUAUGAUGAGAUGGACAAGAACCGAUGUGAAUUACUUAGUUUCUUGCUGCUCAUGGAUUAUAUCGGCAUUAACUUGGCAACUAUGAAUUCAUGUAUAAACCCAAUAGCUCUAUAUUUUGUGAGCAAGAAAUUUAAAAAUUGUUUUCAGGUAAGACUGUUUUGCAAGUAUUUUUAA